AAACCAGAUACAUUGAAUCUGGACAUUUUGAAUCCACGGGUAUAAGUAUGGUCACACUUCCCCCAAUUGCUAUGAGCAUCCAGGAGCAACCUAGCAAACGCAGAGUGUGUCCACAGAAUUCAUAUACUCCAAACGACGUUUCAAUGGCUUCGUCGUUGGCCAUAGCUGAUCAGAGAUCGGUGACCGCGAGGAAAGCCAAGGAAGACGAAGAGUUGAGGAAGAGAAACGAGGAGCUGGAGCGGAAGCUAAAGGAGAGCAGAGAGAGGGAGGAGAUAAUGAUGAAAGAACUGCAGAAGGCGUGGGAGAGGCUGAGAGUGGCCGAGGAGGCGGAGGAGAGGCUCUGCUCGCAGCUAGGUGAGCUGGAGGCGGAGUCCGUACAUCAGGCCCGCGAUUACAACGCCCGCAUCAUCACCCUCAUGGAUCAACUCACCCAGGCUCAGGCUCACCUUCCACUCUCUGAUCGCCGAUCUCCUCAAACUUCCGUUAUCUUUUGAUUUCCCAUCCUAUAUAUAGCCGGUCUACAUACAGGUUAUUAGCUAGCUCCGUGUAGAGAGAUAUUGAUUGAUGCUUCCCUUUCAUGGAUCUUGAUCCGAGCUCUGUUUCUAUAUAGAGUUGGGAAGAUGAUAUUGGCUGUAGAUUUUCUGGAUUUUUCCUUUCCUUAUUUCUUCAUUUGCAUUGAUGAAAUGAAAUAUAAUGUCAAAAGUGAC